AUGACUGACACAGCCGAAGGGGCCCCUCCCGAAGGGCCCUCCUCACAGGAGUCGCCGAAGGAAGAGUCUGCUCAUGAGCUACCAGCCACGACGAGCGCCACUGAAGGGAUGGCUGUGGCAGAACGGGGGGAGCACCUUGACCAAAGCCUUCCAGAAGAGCAGCAUUCGAGCACGCCACGACUUCGUAGGGAUCAGCAGCAGCAGCAUCACCAAGAAGCGGCUAAGGAGGCCGCUCCAGCGGGAAUCGGUGAAAGGCUGCUAUCCGCGUCUGCCAAGCCAGGCGAAGCCAGCCUCAGCCUGGCGCAAAGGAUGAAAGCUGCCGCUUCCAAAACAGAAGUUAGAACCAGCGACAGCAGCGCCGUCAUGGCGGGAGGGCCCCUCUUCCCUGCGACUGAGUGUGGCUCUGGCCGUUUUCGGCUGAGAACGCGUGAGGCUUCUCUAUCUUUUGGAGGAUUUCGUGGAGCUGCUGAGGGGGGAAGGACGCCAGACGAUGAGCUGCAGCGCCAGAAACAGCACAGCGGGAGCGUUAGCGCAAUAAGCUCUCCGCUUGGGAGCUCUCCCUCGCCGCUGAGUCGCUCCCGACACAGCGUCAGUUUCGCUGAACUGGAAGUCAAAUCCGGUCAAGAAGAGCUAGCAGAGCUGUUUUGGAGGGGUAGCGACACUGAACUGCACAGCCCGCGUACGUGUGUAGAUGCCUCGAAGCUUGCUGCUGCUCGAUUCUGUCCUUUACGAGCGCGCUUCUCGGGUUUGAAGUGGACGUGUUCCUCGCGCGCGAUCGAGGGGAUAGGAUAUGGGUUCAUUCCUGUGCUUGCAGAGCUGAGCGGAGUUGGCAGACGUCGAGCUCAGUUUUUCCUCAGCGGGAGCCGAGAUGCCUCGCUAUCGGGCGAGAUCCCUGUGGCUCUUGUUCAGGAUCUCCGCGAAGCUGGCAGUUCUAUGCAGCGAGCGGCUGCUGCGGCUGUCUGUUCCUGGUGCAGAGGCAAGAGCGCAGCAAGACUGGAUGCUCAAGAGGCGACAGUCUCUUCGUCAUGUCGGAACGAGGUUCUUGCUGCGAUGGAAAAACGGUUUUUGCCGGAUGUUUAUGAGGAGCUGCAAGCUCGUAUUGGCAGCCUCAAAGAAAAGAGACGGCAGCAACAACAGCAGCAACAACAGCAGCAACAACAGCAGCAACAACAGCAGCAACAAGCUCCAGCACAAAUUUGCGAGGAAGCUGCACUUAUGGGUGUGUUUGCGCUGUGUUGCUCUGGGCACUGGCUAGCCGCUUCCAAGGGUACAGCAAUUGCCUAUGCGCUUGGUGUCAGAGGCUGCGGUCCUGCGAGUGCUGCCGUUCAGGCGGGAUCUGACACCCUGCUCAUGGAAGUCUCCUUUGCUCCCUUGGACCUUGACUUGGCUUUCGAGCGUUUCACCGGAGCAGGCUUUUUCCCGAAUGAGCAGCUGGAUGAAGACUUGCGCCAACUCUAUAGAAAAACCUCCGUGGACGUAACGCACCUGUUGGGUCCUACAGAGAGGAAGGAGUCGCCAAUGAGCAGGCUUGCCAGGCUCAGGGUGGAAGUACCAGAUGCAAUUAAGCUGCUUGAAGGCCUCUGUGCGCAUGCAGACGAAUCUCGGAGGCAGCAGGAGCAGUUCGGCGACGUUUCCUCUGGAGCAGCUUACAUUUACUCCCUCAACGAAGCGCUCGCCAAGACUUCUAAGGAGCUGAAAGACAACGUGCGAGAGGGAGUCGCUGCAGAUGCCGCAUUGCAGCGCAUCCUCUUCAAGCAUCAUCAUCCGCAACGGCAGCAGUUGUUUUUGGCAGCACAAGGCGAUUCCAGUGGUCUUCUUGCUCCUCUCUAUUGCCCGAAUUCGUGUGUGGUCAUGGAUACUCUGGCGCGCGACGCGCAGGAGCAGCUGCAAGUCUCCGCUCAACAGCAGGAUGCAGCACAGCUAGCUGCAGCUUCUCGGGAGGAGGCUAACCGACGGCUCCAACAACUAGAAGAGAGAAUCCGCCGGCUCGAGCAAAUGUGCUCUCCCUCUGCGGCAGCAACGCAAAUUGAGAGUGCGGAGGUUCUUCAGCUGGCUGACCAGUGGUCAGCAGAUCCCAAAGCUCCUUCCCUCGUAGAGAUGGCGUCGCAGCUUCACCACUUGCUUGCCCUCGUUGCUGACCCUUCUCCCCUGUCCGUCCUGUCUGCACGACUCGCCGUGCUGAGGUGCUGUCAGGAGGAACAGCAGCAGCAGCAACAGCAGCAGCAGAGGCAUCAGGAGCGAUGGGAGGAGGAAAGGAGGGGCAUUGAAGAGGACGAAUUUUCAGAGUUCCUCCCGGAGAAGAUUGUGCUGUCUCUACAUCAAAAACUAAUGCCUUGCAGCUCCAUUGUGGAGGGCUUACCAAAGAUUACGGAGGGUCUUAUCCAGGCAAAGGACAAAUUUGCUGACGUGGUUUCACUUUUACAGAGGAUGGCGUCUCAGUGUUCGCAGCAGCAAACCCUUAAGGAUAAAUUGGCGAGCCUCCACUCCGUUGCCUCGUCCUUUGUUACGGCACCCGCUGUACAGAAAAAGGCGAAUGAGGCAAACACUAAAUUUUCUUUGCAAAGAACACAGAACUGA